GCUCCAGCCCAUGCGGGCCGCGCGCCCGGCCGCUGGCGCUGAGGUCUCGGAGCUCUGCUGGGCCCCCGAGGAGGAGCCUCCGGAGGAUCAUCAAUGCGGUUCAAGAAUCGAUUCCAGCGGUUUAUGAACCACCGGGCCCCAGCCAAUGGCCGCUAUAAACCAACUUGUUAUGAACAUGCUGCUAAUUGUUACACACAUGCAUUCCUCAUUGUUCCGGCCUUUGUGGGCAGCGCCCUCCUCCAUCGGCUGUCUGACGACUGCUGGGAGAAGAUAACGGCAUGGAUUUAUGGCAUGGGCCUCUGUGCCCUCUUCAUCGUCUCCACAGUAUUUCACAUUAUAUCAUGGAAAAAGAGCCACCUCAGAACAAUGGAGCAUUGUUUUCACAUGUGCGACAGAAUGGUUAUCUAUUUCUUCAUUGCUGCUUCUUAUGCUCCAUGGUUAAAUCUCCGUGAACUUGGACCCCUGGCAUCUCAUAUGCGUUGGUUUAUCUGGCUCAUGGCAGCUGGAGGAACCAUUUAUGUAUUUCUCUACCAUGAAAAGUAUAAGGUGGUUGAGCUCUUUUUCUAUCUCACAAUGGGAUUUUCACCAGCGUUGGUGGUGACAUCAAUGAAUAACACCGAUGGACUUUACGAACUUGCCUUUGGGGGCUUAAUUUAUUGCGUGGGAGUUGUGUUCUUCAAGAGUGAUGGCAUCAUUCCAUUUGCCCAUGCCAUCUGGCACCUGUUUGUGGCCACGGCAGCUGCAGUGCAUUACUAUGCCAUUUGGAAAUAUCUUUACCGAAGUCCUACAGAUUUUAUGCGACAUUUAUGACCAAUCUGUAACUAGGUCUCCA